CGGAUCAUCGACUGCCUCGCGCGACCGCACGGCUCCCUAGCGUCGCGUACUCGCACUCCGUGUGCCUUUCCAUCGGCUACUCGGGCUACUAGACCAUCAGCCGGUAUCAGGUUAUUCGCCAACAUUGUGUGUGUGUGUCAACAACUAAAUAGAGAAGCGACAAUUUACCCUUUGUUUUGAUCAAAAACAUUUUAUAAAUAAUUAGCAAAUUGUUAUUUGUAGAAGAAGUCACAUACACAACUGAUGCGUCCGUGCGAGACUUUACAUGCGUAAAAACCGUUGUUUGACGAAUUGACACUGCAGAUCCAUGUGUUUAGGGAGCAGUUUAAAUAAAUAAAAAAUGGUUGCAUUCUGUUAUAUUUGCAAAAUUGAGCAGAAUUCUAUCCAGGAUCCUGAUAGAACGUUUCAUAGAUUUCCAAAAAAUGAAAGUUUAAGAUUAAAAUGGUGUGAAGCUAUAAAGAAGAAUGUUCACAAUACAUAUAUAUGUAGUAUGCAUUUCAAACCAGAAGAUUAUAGAAACCACGAAGAUCCUAACUUAAAAAAGAAGCUUUUAAAACCUUCUGCAAUUCCUAGUAUUAUGUUAAGCAAAGAAUCCAUAUUGGAAUCCAUUGAGAAUGCUUCGUCUAGUAGUAUACCAAUACCUGCAGAUAUUUCAAUAAAAAAUAAAAACAAAAGCAAACAUUUUGAACUAGAGGAUUGUGAGAACCAUGAAGAUCCUAAUUUAAUAGAGAAAAAAUUAAAACCUACAGUUCCUAGUAUUACAUUAAGUACAGAAUUGGAAUCAACUAAGAAUACUUCAUCUAGUAAUAAUGUGCUAUUAUCUACAGAUAUUUUAACUGAUAAUAGCAGCAAUAAAAGUACAAUUGAAGAUUCCAGUACUUUACAAUCAAUGAAGAAACAACGAUAUCAAGAUGUUAUUUUAGGAACUGUAAGAAAGACAGAUUUCAUAAAUAAAAGUGCAUGGUUAAGAUUCCAAAAAUAUGUUAACGGGUUAAAAAAGCAACAUAAAUUCUUACUGCACAAAAAUCGAAGGAUUUAUUUUAAACUGAACAACUUUAAAAAUCUUUUGAAAAAAUUAAGAAGAAAUAACUUAUUAGCUUUUAAUGUUUAUAAAUAUUUAGAUAAACGCAUAUACCAAUGUUAUUCUCAUAAAAUGAAGCACGAAUACCUUUAUAGAAAAAGGAGAAUGGACAAGAUUCUAUAACAAAGCGCACUUAAUACUAAAUUCUCUUGAAUUAAACAAGUUCAAAUGUAACAAUAAAAAGAGGAAAUAUGGAAAAUACAAAGGAUAUUUUAUACAA